CUCAGAAAUCCUGUAUUGCUUUCUCUCUGGUUUGGCGAACUCAUUCCAUACGAUACAAAUAUGAUUUGUGUAUGAAUUGAGAAUCAUUGAGGGAGAUUGAUGAUUGUAUGGCGUAGUGGAAAGAAUUUCAAUGAAAUGAGAACAUUAGCAUCGUCACGUGGUCGUACUUUCACCCACCUGCUUCAAAUACUUCUAAUUCUAUUAUUUCAACACCAAACCCAUUUUCCAACUCCCAAUCUUUUAACUGACACCCACCAUCGGCAGAGGAGAAGCAGAAGCUCAACCACGGCUCCUUCUUCGAGAUCAAUCCAACUUAUGUUUUUAUACCUUAUUCUCCUUCAUCAAAAUGUGAAUGCCAGCUUUUUUACCCCUUUUUUAACCAAGUUCCAGAGGCUGCAAUGGUAUGAACUAUGAAGAAUUGUGGGCACCUCUAACCUGGCUGGACAAAGAUGAAGGUGCAGGAAAAGAGAGAGGAUGAUAUUUGCGAGAGGAGAGAGAGUCUUUGUUUUUAUUUUUCAAUUUUUAAAAAGAUUUAAUUACAAUGAUUAAUUUAAGAAAAUGGGCAACCAUUGAUGAAGUUUAGUUGCUCAAAUUGGGAGUUGAAGAUUGUAAUGGUAAUCGGGAGUGAUUUAUGCAAUUUUCCUUUUCUUUUUUUUUUUAAAAAAUCCCUUCUCCAUUUGAAAUGAUCCCUCCAAAAUUUCCGGUUGAGAAUUGCGUACAAAUUCAAAUUCUUUGGUUAGCGGUUAUUACAUUUUUGAUAUCUCCGCCUUCAUUCAGAAACGACAAUGCAAAUCCGGCGAAAACUUCGACGCCACGAAACAAGAAUUACCGAAUCCAGCCGCCAGGUUAUCGAAGAAAUCGAAGCUCUGCAAAUGGAGGCGGUAGCCGACGAUACACCUCCUCGUCUUUUGCGUCUCGUUUCCUUCAAAAUGGAGAUGCGGAGGACUUCAGACCCACCGAUGAUCUUGCCUCCGCCGACUCAGACGAUGAAUCUGAAGUUCGAUCUAUGACUGCCAAGGGGAUUAAUCAUCUGUGUUCGGAACUCUUGGAGCUGAAGGCUGAAUCGAAUGGGGAUUUUCACAGAAUUAUUAUUUCUAGUUGUCUUUCCUUCUCGAGGGCAUUCGAGAGGGUAAAGGAAAUGGAACGGGAUUUGAUGCAUCUAAAAAGCACCAUCAUUACUCACACAAGCCUUGUGAAAGACCUAAUGGAUGGCAUAGAUCUUGACAUUGAGUCAGAUGAGACGGUGGAUCCAACUCAUCAAUCUUCCGAAUGCAAUAGACUAUCUUCAUUGAUUGAAUUGGAGGCUCACAUUUAUGAGAUCUCUAACGCCUUGGACAAUCUCAUUUAUGAAAACAAGAUAGAUGAAGCUUUAGAAACCAUCAAAUCAGAGGAUGAAAAACUGCAAAGACUGAAGGUUGAAGAAGAAGAUUACCUUUUUGACAUUGUAAUGCUAUACGAUUGUGUGAUUUCUGAUAAAAAUGCCAAGAUCAAGCUGCAAUUGGCAAAGCUAUCGGAGAACGGCAAAACGCUUCCUGGAGGGGAGGCCGUUCCCACGGCGGACCAACCACCUUCACUCGAUUCUCAACUGCCUGAAGAACUUUAGGAAUGUAAGUUGAAAUUGCGAAGUUAUAAAUUUGUUACCUUUAAAAAAUAUUACAAUUAUAUCAUAAAUUUAAUAUUUGUAAAUAAUAUUUAUUAAUUAUAACCAGUGGCACUUACCUAUCUUUAGAAUCUACCAUCAGCGGUGAGGAUUCCAAUUUUUAGAAUUUCCACUAAUAAGUGUAUAAUUUACCGAAUGAUAUUUGUGGAAAUUCCAAAGAGUUUUUCUAUUUCCAUAA